AUGACUGUGGAUGAGGUCCUGGUCCAUGAGAGGAUCAUGGUCUUUCAAUUCUGUCUGUGGAUGAUGCUCUUCCUCUCCACAUGGUCCCCAACUGGACAUGCUAAAUACAAUAGCCCUCCUGAAGUAGUGAUACCCUUGAGGGUCACUGACACUAACAGACUUAAUACUUCCACAGGCUGGUUGUCCUAUAGCCUACAGUUUGGAAGGGACAGACAUAUUAUCACCAUGAAACCCACAAAAUACUUCAUAUCUAGAAACUUCCUGCUGUUUACCUACACUGACCAAGGUGAUCUCCUUGCAGAACAGCCUUUUGUGCAGACUGACUGCUACUAUCAUGGCGAUGUAGAUGGAGACCCAGAUUCCAUGGUGAUUAUUAACACCUGUUUGGGAAGUUUGCAAGGCACACUAGAGAUAAAUGGCACAGUUUAUGAAAUCAUGCCUAAGAAGUCAACUUCCACAUUUGAACACCUUGCUUACAAAAUGGACAGUGAGGACUCAGAAUCAUUUUCUAUGAGAUGUGGGUUAACAGAAGAGGAAAUAGCACGACAAAUGAAGAUUCAAGAAAGCAAAGACUCCACGCUUAUGCAAAGCCAGUAUGAGAACUGGUGGACCCAUCACAAAUAUCUUGAAUAUUAUGUGGUGGUUGAUAAUAAACGAUAUGUUUAUAGAGCAAGUAAUCUCACAGUUUGUAUGCAGGAAAUGUUGCAAAUUGUCCAUGGGCUAAAUGGUUAUUAUCGUCAGAUAGAUGUUGAGGUGAUUUUAACUGCACUGGAAGUUUGGACUAUAACAAACAAAGUCAAUGUAACAGAAUCUAUAUAUGAAGACCUACCUAAUUUCUGCAAUUGGAAGAAAAUAAACAUUGACAGACACACUAGAAAUGACAUUGCACAUCUUUUUGCCAGGCAAGAUUAUAUUCAAUAUUUGGGGCUAGCUUAUGUAGGUACAGUUUGUACACCUAAUAAUUGUGCUGUUAACAGUUUCAUAUAUGAUACAAUGACAGACAUGGCAUUCCUUACAGCACAUGAAAUGGGUCACAAUUUGGGUAUGCUUCAUGAUGAUGGAGAAUGUACUUGUGGGAGACGGAGAUGUAUAAUGUUCCCAGCAAAAUCUAAUUCCCACAGAUUCAGCAACUGCAGUUAUGAAAAGCUGUUUUCAACGGUUACCCAAAGAACCUGUUUAUACAGUUUUCCAGAUGAAGCAAGCAGCAUCACCACAAACCUGACCUGGUGUGGGAAUUAUAUAGUUGAGGAUGGAGAGCAGUGCGACUGUGGACCCUCUGAGUCAUGUCAAAGAGAUCCAUGCUGUCGCAAAGACUGUGCAUUCAAACCCGGUGCUGAAUGUGCUUCUGGACUUUGUUGCAAAGAUUGCAAGUUCAUUUCCACAGGCACAGUGUGUAGAGAAAAGAACAGUGAGUGUGACCUUCCAGAAUGGUGCAAUGGAACUUCAGCUGAGUGUCCAGAAGAUGUGUACAUGGAAAAUGGAAGCCCAUGCAGGGGUGAUGGUUAUUGCUAUAAUAAGACAUGUCCUAGACAUGAAGAACACUGUUGGAAGCUUUUUGGUAGGAAAGCCAAGAGUGCAGGAGAGAUUUGUUACAAGGAAAUGAAUACAAGGGGUGACCGUUUUGGUAACUGUGGUAAUGAUAGCUUAAAGUAUAGAAGUUGUGCUGCUGCUGAUGUACUCUGUGGACGAAUUCAGUGUGACAAUGUGCAACUGAUUCCACGUAGAAGAAGCCAUGAAACAGUGCAUUGGAUUCACUUCAACAAUGUCACCUGCUGGAGUAUAGACUUUCAUUUUGGAAUGACAGUAGAGGACAGUGGAGCAGUAAGAGAUGGCACAGCUUGUGGUCAAGAUCAAAUCUGCAUUGACAGGAAGUGUGCCCAUAAGCCUGCUUUGUUAAGUAACUGUUCAGCAUCCCAAUGCAAUAUGAAAGGAGUCUGUAACAAUAAACAUCACUGCCACUGUGAUGCUCAAUGGAAACCACCAGACUGUAUGAUAAAAGGCUUUGGAGGUAGUAUAGACAGUGGACCACCUCCAAGGAUAUAUUUUAAGAAGCCCAAGGGUGCUGAAGAAAAUUCCAAUGUUAACAUGUAUCACAUUCUCAUUAUUCAUCCACCUAACUACGUAUAUCUAGGCUGA